UGCAAGUUUGGUCGAUUGCACCACAGACAAUGUCCAGAUGCAAUGUAUUAAUGCUACUGGUGUGGACUCGUGUUGUUUUGUGUAGUGACGUCACAAAUGGUACGGAAUUAGUGAUGAGCUUUUUGGUUCACAGGCACGGAGACAGAACACCACUGGAGUCAACAAUAUCAUUCUCAACAGACCCUGAGACGCUCGAAGAAUUGUCUUCGCAAUACGGUUACGGUCAACUCACUAUAGCAGGGAAAAAGCGUUCUUAUGAACUGGGAAAAUUCAUCAGACGUCGCUACUACGAGCUCCUGUCUCCAAAAUACAACAGAUCCGAAAUCUAUAUCAGGUCUACAGACGUCACAAGAUCAAAGAUGACAAUCCUGACAGCCCUGGCUGCCAUCUACCCCCCCAUCGGCGAGAGGUGGCACACGGAAAUCGCGUGGGAGCCUGUGCCGUACACAACUGUACCUGUGAAAUAUGAUUUUAACACAGCAAUGGUGAACUGUCCGAAGUUCAUGACGGCAUACUACGCGUUGUACACAUCAUCAGCUCCAGAAGUUACCGCCCGGUUCAGUGGCGUCCUGAACAUAUUGACCAGUGAACUGGGCAUCAAUAUCACGAACCUGCCAGCUCUGGUGUAUCCUAUUUAUGACGUCUUCGUUAGUCAACUCAGUCUGGGAUUGGAGCUAGGCCCCAAACUCGACGCCAUCUUGGACGACAUAGGAGAUGCCGCUGACGAAUGUAUAGGACUGACAUUCGGAGUAAACGAGUACAUACAUUUACAAGCAGGAGUAUUACUCGAAGAGUUCUACACGUACGCUGAACUGGCAAUGUCUGGUGAAGAUACUCCCAAGUUAAGGAUCUAUUCAGCUCACGAUUUCAACGUAUAUUCUCUGGAAGCUGUGACCAAGGUGAACCGGCAAGGGGUGCCGAAAUACGCGGCAGCCUACGCUUUGGAGCUCAGGAAGAUCACGAGCACUGGGGAUUACGUUGUUUUGCCUGUGUACCUACCGUCUCCUGGCGAAGACGUGGUCUACCUCCAAGUGGAAGGCUGCGACCUACUCUGCGAAUACGACCGUUUCGUGGAACUCACUGAAGGGAAUGCCUUAGAUAUCAGUCUAUGGAGGGACGAGUGCGGAUUUUCCGAGGACUUAGAAGUAGACGAAGCGUCUAUUGGGUAGAUUUAAAACUAAUAUAUUGUCGUCAGUCGUGAGGUAGAAGACACAUUUGAUAUUUUUUUUCGAAAUUGAAUUAAAUACACAACUGUAUAAAAUUAUCUUUAUAGGUACUAAAGUUUCUACUUUAUACUUGUUAUAAUGCUCAAAAGUUUGUUAGAACAUACCUUUGCAUCAAGCAUAAUUUAAAAAAUUACAUGAUAGCCAAAAUGCCAUCACAAUUUUGCCUUUUUCUGUUUGGUCCAAAGGUUUGGUUGGUAGAAGGAUGCCUUAUGAUAUCGACGUUUGAAUAAGUAUAAUAAUAAUUUCUAAUAAUAUAAGUAUAAUAAUAAUUUAAUUAAUAUAUUUGAAUUAAGCGAGAUUUUGUGGAAGUCGAAAAAAAGAGGUUCAAAGAUUUUAUUUUUCGAAAAAAAAAAAAUUCGCUGACGAUAAAUGGCUUUACAGAUUUUGAUGAAAUUCGUACGGUAUAUUCAUAAGAAUAAAAAGUAUUAAUUAACAAUAUUGGCAAUAUUUUAUGAAUUUUAUGUCGCUUAGAUCAAAAUGCAUCAAAAUAAAACUUCAGAGUACCUAAAGCAAAAUGGUUCAAAUGCUUGAUGAGGUGAACAAAACUUGCCUAUUUAUAUAUGACAUUAAGUCCACCUAUUAUUUACCUUUUAAGGUGUGCAAUAAAAAAUAAUAAAAAAUAAAAGCCACAUUUAAAAGGAAAACUAUUUUUGAGUGCUAAAUUAAAGUUCUUAAAAAGAAAAAAUCUUAAAGAUUGGUGUCUUAAUCACAAUAGUCCUGGCAUCACUACAUAGUAGAAAAUGAAGUCGCUUUCCGCUGUCUGUCCCGAUGUAUGGCUUCGAUCUUUGAAACUACGCAACGGAAUUUGAUGCGGGUUUUUUUAAAUAGAUAGUGUAAUUCCUGCGGAAGGUUUAUGUGUAGAAUUUAUUAUGAUUUAAUCUGAGAGAAGCCGGGACGGGCCGCUAGUUUAAGAAUAUGUAGACCACGUGUGCUGCGCUUCAUGUGGUCCCCGCCCACGUAGAAUAGGAACGUUAUCCGUUAAUGUAUACAACAAAUUUUCGUAGAAAUGCCUGAAAAUCUUUUUUCCGAUUGAGGGUAAUAAAAUCUUGUUAUAUUUGGUGAAGUUGUUUUAGAAAAAUGCGAAAUUAAAGCAGACAAUGUGACUAUGUGACUUUUCUUACAUUUCCUUGUAGAGAUUUUAGUUUCUUUACAAAAAUGAUUUUUUUUUAUACAAUCAGAAUAAUAAUCGUAUUCCAUUCAACACGUGUAAUAACAUCAUGUAUGUGUAGUAAACCGUUUGGUUGACAAUGUUAUGUUAAGAAUGAUCAAAUUUUGCAACCAGGAUCGGCUCCUGGCGAUUGAACUCCUCAACGGUUUACUAAAUGGACAUGAUUUUGAUAUUGUCACGCAUGUUGAAUUCAACAAGAUCUCCGACGACAAAAAUAUCUUGUGGCAAAAAUGACGUUUUUGUAUCAAAAAUAUUUGUUUUAAACUUAUAAACAGACGCAUAUAUCUGACUAGACACAUUGUCCCUUAGGAAAUUAAACUUGCCUUGAAUACGUGACGUCUGAACAUGGCAAAAUGUUACGUGGAAUGCUGAAAUGUUUUAUUGAUUUUUCUUUGCCAUCUACCACUAUUAGGUUCCCGGCUGUGAUGCCCCGGAGCCGGGGUUGCCUGGAAAAUAUACUUCAACAUUUUGAAGUUUUUGUGGAGGUUUCUGAUCAGCCGCCUGACUAGGGCGGGGAUCACAUGACGCGCAGCACACGUGGUCUCAUGUGGUCACAUGGUGAAACACAAAAUUUGUUAUAAUUUGAUAAAAUCGUAUCUUCAUUAUGUUAAACUUCUAACUCUGAAAUCUUAUUUAUUUAAUGUAGUUACCUCGUUAUCAGUUUAAUUAUAAGCCUUUAAUUCUAUAAAACGUAUUUAACUGAACUUCAAACGACAUCGAAUAGUAGUGAUGGAGAAGCUUCGAUAUUUCUUCUAUCGAUACCCAUAGUAUGUCUUCACCAUGAAUAAAAUUGUAAAAUAUUAAUUAUAGCGGACUGUAGAUUUGGCUGGUAAAAUAAAAAUCCAGGAGCUACGGAGAAACGGGACCGUUUAUUAGAGGGAGAACGAACCAUAGACAGAAAUUCGAUACAAACAAUGUUGCCGUAACCAAAAAAUGAAAUAUAAAAACUUUUUAAUGUUGGUGUUCCAACACCUAUCGAUACAAAUAUUGUAAAGAGGAAGUGUUUGUGUCAUCUUGAAACUGCUAAACAGAUUUCUAAAUUCCAUCGAAAUCCAUACAACCUCAUAUCCAAACUUUCGCGUUUACAUACUGUGCAACUGUACACUUCGCCGCCAGUAGCGGGUGUUGCCACUAGAGUAAACUUUAUUUUUUAAUUGUUUUUUUUAUUUUUAGUAAAGUGUAUGUAUUGUGAUGUAAUAUUUAUGUGCUUUAGCAUCCUUUACUAAUUUACCAUGUUGUAUUUCAUUUUUCUUUAUUUAUUAUGUUGGGUACGUUUAUGUAGCUACAGUCAAUGUUUAUUGUAUAAGCAAUAUAUCAAUCGUAGUUAUAUAUCUCCUUCUUCACUGUUAAUAUACACAUACACACCGUGCGCACACUGAUUCAGGUCUCAUCUGAAAAUCAGUGUAUCGCCCCUCUGGGUGAUAUGUGUACUGAGAUGGGCCUUUUUGUAUUGCUGCAACACAGUACACUUGCUCAAUUGUUCUAUGUGAAUACUGUGUUUUUAGUCUGGUUGUGUAUUGUGGUGUUGUUUUAGAAAUAUUCUAUCUAUCUAUCUAUAUAAGUAUAGCAUUAAGUUGGGUUUUUCAUCCUAUAAUCCUAAUAGUAGGAUCAAUUGCCAUGUUUAAUUAAACCCAGAUGACAAAGUAUUUGAUGAUUUCUAAAAUAGUGGAUGUCAAUCAUUUGUUUCAAUUAAAAUAUAUAGAUUGUGACAUAGCGUAGCUGACAAUGUCAGGGUAUAGUAAAUAAUAUGUAUAAUCUAGGUAAAAUUAGGAUGAUUAUAAGUAAUUCAUAGACUGUAACAAUGCACCUGGAUUAACAAACGAAGAUUUAAAGGUGGUUGGAAAAUCAAUUUUCAAAAAGUAUGAAAACGAAAAUCUUAUAACUAUUAAAUCAUACUUCAAACUGAAAUAACAACAAAUAUAUUAACAGACACACAUUUAUUCCAACGUUAUACUUAUAGUUACACUAAAUUAUUUCUAAUCACAAAACUCACUCUUAAUUAAUAUCAGUAGCACAAUCAAUACUUACUUAUCUUUUUAUUUGACCAAUAUAUAUUUUAAUAUAAUUAUUUCUCCACGUCUUGAAACACUUAACACACUUAUAAAGUUAAGAGUUUACUUAUAUUAUUAUAUUUUUAUAGAUACCAAUAUUUUUCUUAUUCGACCGUUCCGUCCGACUGCUCAAGUGAGAAUGCCCCCAGUCUCGAUGUCGCCGCUUUUAUAUCUUGUUCCCCUUCCACUCGUUUCAAAUGUUGACGUCAUUGAGGGCGACAACAUAACAACUUUUUUUAAAAGUGAUCACCAUAACGAAAUAUUUAAUGUAGCUGUCGAACAAACAUAGCUUUCUUUGCGGACAUUUUAGCGCGUUGUGACGUCACUUGUUCGUGCUAAACGACUAGAAAACACGUAUGGACUGAUUGGACGAGUCCAAAUAUGUGUGAUUUUAUUUUUGUCAUAUCUUUGAAAGUGUUUGUCAUUGUGACUGUAUAUUUUCACAGGUGUUUCUUAAAAUUAAUAUAAGGGUCCUCUAAUAGUCAUAAAAAAAACAAGCACAAUUUUUUUCAUAAAUACGGCUCAUUACAUGGAAUACAAAUAAAUUCUAAAAGAAAUAAGCAGUGAAAUAAGUAUGUAACGUUUCGAUACAGAUAUUUCCAUACAGAGAUCACACAAUUUGUAUCGGAGGUAAUGUAUAGACAGAUAAAAUUAUCGAUAGACUUUUACAACCAUCAUAAUAACAACACUAAUGGCCAACAUCUCCGAUAAAUUGAAAGUUACAUACCCUUAGUGAAAUUUAAAGUAAGUACCUACUCACGAAGACAUUCGUAAUCCCGUUUUUUUUUUUUUAAUUAAUAUAUCUAUCCGCACUGUCGUCGACCGACGAAAGGAAAUGUGUGCUUUUAAAGUGAUUGCCCUGCACUUUUAUUACUGUGCUGUUCCCUUUUUUGCUGUAUUUAGAGCUGAGAUGGACUCAAACCGGUGAAGCAGACGUGUGACCGGUGGGCGAAGUGCGUGUUAGCAUUUCACUUCUCACCAUCGAAUCGAUUCGAAGUGAGACGCAGCGAACCAAUCACAUUGCAGUGUGGUUGUCGUUGCGUCACAAUGGCGCAAUGUGAUUGGUUCGCCGAGUCUCAUUUCGAAUCGAUUCGAUGGUGAGAAGUGAAGUGCUAAACCACACUUCACCGCCGGUCAACA